AUGCACUCACUCACUGGCCACCCGGCUAUUGCUCUCAACGAUAUUUCAAUCUGCAUAUUGGGUUCAGUUGGGAUGGGAGACAUUGAUAUACCAAGUAAGUUUUCUAAUACUAGUUUAAGGUUGGUUUCAUUCAAUGUCAACGGAGUUAAGACCUUGAAAAACUAUUAUCCUUGGAACCAGAGGCCAGGCUAUGAUAACGCAUUGCAUUUCAUGAAGGCAGAUAUAGUGACUUUUCAAGAACUCAAAUUGCAGAGAGAAGAUAUUGAUGUCAGUAUAGCCAAUCCUACCGAUUACAAGGCUUUCAUUACUGUUCCUCAAUCCCGUAAAGGCUACAGUGGAGUCGGAGUGUUUGUACGUAAACCAACAGAUCAAGAUUCCGAUAUGGUGAAACGCGCGUUGACUGUCGUCAAGGCUGAGGAGGGAAUUACAGGAUAUUUCCACCUGAAAAGAGCCCGAAAAUCUUAUAGAGAUUGUUCAAUUGAUGAUAAGUACAAGGAUAUGUGCAUUGGGGGGUUUCCAGCUUUAGAGGACCCUGUGGAUGGGCGGCACUUGGAUAGCGAGGGAAGGUGCAUAUUAAUAGAAUUAGCGAUUGGCUUGGUGAUUAUAUCAGUUUAUUGUCCGGCUAAUUCAGGACUGACGGAGGAAGGAGAAAACUUCCGACUCCUUUUUCUAAGAUGUCUCUUUGAAAGAGCAGAGAAUUUGAUGAAAAUGGGGAAAGAAGUUGUCAUCAUGGGGGAUAUCAAUGUCUCUCCUGAUUUGAUAGAUAACGAUGACUCGAUCAAUGAAGGAUUUAUCCAGGGUAUAAUAAAGAAGUCUGAGACUGCUUCUGAGUUUGAAAAUAUCAAUAAAGCUCAAGCACUCAGCUUUAAGAAUAAUACUGAAGCUCGAAGAUUGCUUAAUAGUUACCUAUUCGAUACCACUAAAUUGGUGGAGAAUGAAAGUAAAGAUAAGAUUAUUCAUGAUAUAACCAGAGAAAUUCAGGGACGACGACUGAAGAUGUACAGUGUAUGGAACACUCUUAAGAACAAUCGUCCGGUUAAUAUUGGUUCCAGAAUUGACCUGUUCUUAGCUACCUCUGGGAUUGCAUCGUGUGCUAGAAAUUCUGAUAUUUGGCGGGAUCUCUAUGGUAGUGAUCAUUGUCCGAUCUAUUGUGAUUUGGAGCUGAACACAAAGAUAAUUGAGCAAUUGGCAAACAGAAAUACCUACACUACUAAGUGCAAUUGCAGACACAUGGAGGCUAAAAAUUACUACAGUUUGGGAAAUAGUAGGGGUAUUUCGUCUUUUUUUAGAAAGCCUGAGAAGCAUCAUCAAGAGGAUGUGGUUAGUGGAAAUCAAGCGAAAAAGACAAAGUCAGGCUCAAGUUCGGUGUAUGUGAGUCGGAAGAGAACAGUGAAGAGUCAGAGGAGUCUUACAAGAUUUUUCUCUAUCAUAAAAAAGACCCCUACAGAAAAUGAUUUAUAUCUACCACCUUCAUCUAGUGGAUUAUUUGUUGGUGAUUCUGAUGAGGAAGAUGAACCGGAUAAUAAUCAAGAAAAGCACAAAAGCUCUAUAAGUGCCACCGAGUUCAGAGAUUUGUUGAGGACCAGUUCUUUUUCUUCGGCCCCGUUAUGCUCUCAUAAUGAAAGAUGUGCGUUGAGAACCGUCAAGAAUUCAAACAGUGGUAACGUUGGCAAACGAUUUUGGUGUUGUUCCAGACAAACCAAGAACGAGACGUGGAAUUUUGACAAGAAGGGUCUUGCCGAUGAUACUGGUAAACAGUUGGAUGAGUACAAUUGUGGAUACUUCAAGUGGGUCGAAAAAAGAUAA